AAUCAUCAUUUCUCCAAAACAUGCAUCUAGUUACAAAAAAAUCCAAGAAUUGUAGAGCUGACACUGAAUAUUUCACAAUCCCUUCUUUUAUAAGCUUUGGGUUCAACGCGCCCUCUAGUGGUCGGUUUAUGGCUGCUUCUGCGCGUGCUCAUUGGUCAGGAGAAGACUUUCCUCGUCGCUCCUGGUGGGGUGCGCGCUCGAAGGAGUCGGCUCUGAGCUCAGAGCCAAAAACAGCAGGGAGACAUGAGCGGAGUCAUGGUGCAGAGGGAGGAAGACGAAGCCCAGGACGAGGACUGCUCCCCUCCCCAGUGGCUGGAGGAGCGCUGCGAGGAGCUGUGGGAUCGAGUGGAGGGCGUCCGGCACAAACUCACCCGCAUCCUCAACCCGGCCAAGCUCACCCCGUACCUGCGGCAGUGCAAGGUCAUCGACGAGCAGGACGAGGACGAGGUGCUGAACUCCACGCAGUACCCGCUGCGCAUCAGCAAGGCCGGCCGUUUGCUGGACAUUCUCAGAGGUCAAGGCCAGCGAGGCCUUCAGGCCUUCAUGGAGUCGCUGGAGUUUUACCAUCCAGAUCAGUACACACAGCUGACCGGACAGAAGCCCACGCAGCGAUGCUCCUUGAUUCUGGAUGAGGAAGGUCCGGAAGGCUUAACCCAGUUUCUGCUGCUGGAGGUGCGGAAGCUGAGGGAGCAGCUUCGGAACAGCCGCCUGUGCGAGCGCCGCCUGUCUCAGCGAUGUCGGGUGGCCGAGGAGGAGCGCAGCAGAGCGGAGCGCAAAGCUCACGGGCUGCGUCACGACAACCUGCAGCUUGAAAGGCUGCGGCAGGACUGGGAGUCUGCCAGCAGGGAGCUGGGGAAGCUGAAGGACAGACACCUGGACCAGGCGGUGAAGUACUCCAGAGCGCUGGAGGAGCAGCACAAAGCCACGACCCGAGAGAGGGAACUGCUCAUGCAGAUAGAGAAUCUUAAAUCCAGACUGAAAGACUCAGAGAAACAAUCACUUGAAGCUCCUGAUGGAAGCACAUCCUCUUGUGUUGUUUCUAAUGGAAGUGAUGGCUCUCCGCCCACUCUUCCUAAAAAGUCGCUACAAAACUCGGAGGCUCAGAAAACCUGUGUGUCGACCCCAGCUCCCACCACUGGAGUCAUUGCACUGAUGGACAUCCUGCAGCAGGACCGCGUGGAAGCUGCCGAGCAGAGGCAGGAGCUCUGCGAUCUGAUCACCAAACUGCAGCAGGAGCUGCAAGGUGCCGACGAGCUCAGGGGCAAGUUGCAGUCUCAGUGUGAGCAGCUGCAGCUGAAGGUGAGGACUCUCCAGCUGGACUGGGAGACCGAGCAGAAGAGGAGCGAGUCCUACUUCAAUCAAAUCAUGGAACUGGAGAAGGAGAGGGACCAGGCUCUGCGGAGCCGCGACAGCCUGCAGCUGGAGUACACCGACUGUCUGCUGGACAAGAACCACCUGCGGAAACGCAUCGCAGAGCUGCAGGCCAGCCUGGAGCAGCAGCAGAGGGAGCUGGAGCGAGAGCGGGAGCGGUGGCGGGAGCAGAUGGAGCAGACCGCCAGUCUUCACUGCUCCCACUUGUCUCUGUGCAGUGAGGAGCAGUGCUUUGGCCUCUGCUGCACGCCUGACCUGGAUCUGAGCCCCAACCAAUCGAUGUCUAAAAAGGCCCAGUUGAGAGGCCAAACGCAUGAAACCUCCGGGGAGUCCUGUUCUAACUCGGAGGAGAAUCUGCUGCUGAUGAGAGACGAUGAAAAGGAAAUAAAUCGCCUGUCGACGUUCGCAUUUCCUCCGUGUGUGAACUCCAUUAACCGAAGGGUGAACACAGAGUUUGACUUAGACUCCUGGGGCAGUGAUGAGAAUGAGAACAUUGGAGGUGAGCAGGUUGAGCCUUCUUUGUGGGAUUCCUGGACCUCACUGCACUCUCACCUCUUCCCCCCGGACCUCAUCAACCUGCCCAGCAUUCCUGCCCAUCAGCCCAGUCCCAGCCCAUGCAGCCCCACUACUACCUCACCGGAGCUCGCUAAAGCCAGUCUAGCUGAAGACAUCGUGAUCAUAGGUGGAAACCGAACAGGGAUUUUCGUCAGCCACGUCAAAGCCGCCUCUGCUGCAGAACAGUGUGGACUGAAGGAGGGCAGUGAGCUGCUGGAGCUGGAGCGGGUUCUGUUUGGCGGUGGAAGUGUGCAGCUGAGUCAGUGCACCGCAGAGGUGGCCCACUUCUCCCUGCAGUGGUGGAACGAGCCGUCAGCGCUGAAAUAUCAGAGCAACUCAGAGGGGUAUUCCAGACUUUGCUCGGAGCUGUCCUCGCCGUCCUUCGUGGGGGCAGACUCUUUCUACGUCCGCGUCAACCUCAACAUCGAGCCGCACGGAGAUCCGCCCUCGCUAAGCAUCGCCUGCGAUGACAUCGUACACGUCACAGACUCAAAGUACAACAAGAAGUACCACUGGCGCUGUUCUGUGGUGGACCGGGUCAGCGCCAAACCGUUGCAGGGAGGAACCAUGCCCAACUAUAACAGAGCGCAGCAGUUGUUACUCGUACACUUAAGAAAAAUGUCUGUGGAGCAAAAAGACUUGAAGAAGAAGAUGUUUGUAAAGAAACCUCCAGGACGUGUUCGCUUGGUGAAAGCAGUGGACCCCAGCUUCCGUGGAAUCGGUUCCUCCCAGCAGAUCGUUUACACUCUCAGCAGACGUCAUGAGGAGCAUUUGAUCCCGUACAGUUUGGUGCGUCCGAUAAAGGUCGAGACCAAACGGCCCGUUAUCUUCGCCCCCUCGCUGCUUUCCCGCGGUUUGAUUGAGAGGCUUUUGCAGCCGGUUGAGUCGGGUUUGAGGUUCAGCACCUGUCAACCAGAACCCAUUCAGGCUUCAGACAAACAAAACAAGACGGUAUUCUUGUUGGAUCCCUCCAGUCAAGAGCAGGCUCAGGGCAUACGGCUGCAGUCCAUACUCGAUGUCAUCAGUCAGGAGAGGCACUGUCUGCUGGAGCUGGGACUGUCCUGCAUUGAGAGUCUGCUCAGACAGGGCAUAUACCCCAUCGUCAUCUACAUUCGGCCCAAAAACAAAAAGCACAAGAAGCUCAGGAAGUUCUUCACCCGGUGUGGCGAGGACAGCUUCAUGGAGGAUCUGUGUCAGGCUGAGGAGCUGCAGCUGGAGACUCUGCCCGUUCUUUACCACACUGUGGAGCCAAACUCCUGGAGCUGCACCGAGGAGCUGCUGGAAACCCUGCGCAACGCCAUUCAGAGCCAGCAGAGGGCGGUGGCGUGGGUCGAACUCGAUAAACUGCAAUAGAUCAAACAGGAUCACAUUUAUUGAUUAAAUCCAGCAGCUACUGAAGAUUAAUAACGGGUACUUUCUAUUCUUGAGUUCCUCUCAAACUUUAAUUUUCUUUAUUUUUGGUGUUUAUGUUAACAAUCUUCUUUAUUUACAUUAUAAAAAUAUAAGGUUUAAAUGUACAGAGCUGGUUUCUACAACAACAGAUCUCAAGACAGACUAACCUGUUUAAAACUGUCAUAAAUGUUACUUUUUCUGCCCAAAAAUCUGGACAUAAAUCAUGUUCUUUUAGAGUUCAUUUCUAUGGGAGCUUGAGAAAGUGCUGUAAAUACAUCAUCAGAUAAAUGUGUCAUCGUCAAAGAAACAAAAUAAAGGUUUUUAUAGUUUUAUAAAUACUCUUUAAAAUAUAAAAUGUUUUUAUUUAUUUGUACUUUUUGGUAUAAAUGUUUUUUUGGCAAAAGAUGAACAUCUGGUUUAAUGCUCAUUGUUGUGUAACAAGGUUUUAUAGCUCAAAAAAUGUUUUUA